AUGGGGGCCGGCGACCUGAUCGUGGUCCCCGAGACCGCCACCAUCUCGGAGGCGGCCGCGCUGCUGUGCCGCGGCCUGGAGGAGAGCCAGCGCGCCGGCGAGGACCGCCUGUCGCGGGCCAGCUCCCAGGACGUGAUCGCCGCCCUCGGCGGCGUCGCGUAUUCCACGAGCUCCUAUUCCGAUAGCGAAAGACCCCGUGGCUGUCGCCAGGUGGACGAGCUCGAGCGCGAGAAGAAGCUGAUCCUGGACGGGCGCAUGUCCCUGGACGAGGCCCCGAAGGAGCUCGUCGACCACCCCGUCUUCCAGAUCUCCCAGUUCAUCAAAAACGUGCUCCUCGGUGGAAAGAUCCCCUGGUACCUGCAGGCGGCUCGCAACCACGUCCAUCCCGCACGCCUGCAUGAAAUGGCGUCCAGCGUGUCGCACAGCACUUCCUCGCGGGCCAUCCUCACCUUGUCGAGGAGCUGCGUGGCGUCCGAGGACGGCGGCGAGAGGGCCGCGGCCACGCCCACGACCCUGGCGGCGGCUGCGGGGCCCGUGGCCUCCGCCACCGUGUCCACCUCCUCGCGGCUGGCCUCCCCCAGGGCCAACUCCCCGAGAGACGCCUCACCCCGAGACGGACAGAGCGAGGCCGGCGCGGCGGCGGAGGGCACCGAGGCCGGCGGCGAGGAGGGUGGCACCGCCCAGGAAGGCGAGGCCGAGGAGGACGCCGACGUGCAGGAAGGGGUGGUCGAGUCCCCGGAGCCCGCGACAGACACCCAAGACGGCGAGGUGGUCAUCCAGGUGCAGGAGAACGACGACGACGAGGAGGAGGAGGGCGAUGAGGAAGAGGAGGACAUGUCCGGCAUGUCCGCCUGCGACUUCGAGGAAGACUUUGACAGACAGGCCGACGUCGAGCGGGGUUACAUGUUCACGCAAGAGGACUUCGACCGCAUCAAGUUCGAGGCCGAGAGUGUCAAAAAGAUGUGGGAGCUCGAGACAGUGGAGGAACUGUACGCGCUCGCCGAGUCCAUCGUCAAGGAGAUGGUGGCCCAGGGCGGGGGCGCGGUGCCGGCGCCGGCCAAACCCGAGGACCGCACCCCGUCGCCGGCGAGGUCGACCAAGUCACCGCCGCCGGGUUGAGCUCCGGCCGUGGUCGGGGCAGAAGAGUGGGCGAGGGAGAUACAGUGGGGGACCCGAACGGUUGUGCAUCAAAAUGUGUUGUUUUUUCUACGACGUCCUAAUUUAAUGUUAUAAUUAUCUGAAAAUAAAAAUUCUUAAUAGCACCGC